AUGGACCCACAUUCCGGAGACACAAGCAAUUCGAAUGGUCAGUGCACGGCGAGCACUAAAAGCACAAACGGUAUUUAUCAUGAAAAACAAAUGAAGGAACUGUGUGCCCUUCAUGCUCUGAACAAUUUAUUUCAAGACCGACAGGCUUUUACGAAAAAGGAUCUAGAUGAUAUAUGUGUCAGUUUAUCCCCUGACCACUUCAUCAACCCACACCGAAGCAUGCUGGGAUUGGGUAACUAUGAUGUGAAUGUAAUCAUGGCUGCUUUACAAAAAAAAGACUGUGGGACUGUUUGGUUUGAUAAACGAAAGAAAAUCAGCAUCCUCGUCUUUGAGAACAUAAAAGGGUUUAUUUUGAACAUCCCAACUGAUUACAAGUGGGGACUUCUUCGCUUACCUUUUAAACGAAAGCACUGGAUUGCCAUCAACAAGAUUGAUGACCUCUAUUAUAAUCUGGACUCCAAGUUGGACGCUCCGGAACUGAUUGGCCAUGAGCAGCAGCUGCUCAGUUAUCUUAGCGAACAACUCGAGAGUCGAGAGAAGGAGCUUCUGCUAGUCGUGACAUCAGACGUUGAGCAAACUGCUUCAUGGCGCAAGCAUGAUUGUGAUGAAUCUGACUAA